CGACACAAAGAGGAGGGCUUCGUUCCGAUACACUCGCUCCGUGCUCCAGAGCACGCUCCAGUUCAUGGGAUGCAAGCCUCGCCACGCCUUCAAGAUUAGCCAAAGGGUGUUUGAGGUUAUGAGAUUUGAGCACAAUGCUAAUGAAUCGCCUCUUAAUACAUCACAAUCAGACGUAUUUAGCAGUAUAAGUUGUAAAGAAAACUAUUCUAAGCAGAGUGGUAGCUUGGGUCGUGGAGAAGCCAGCAACGACGCAAUCGGAGAGAACGUAGAGGCAAGUAGUGUGCUACUGUUUGAAUUGUAUAAACGACGUACGACUGUUGUUACCACAAGGUCAAACUUCUUAAAUGUCGUUUGUGAUGCUCUGUCCUUGUAUAAGUAUGUUGGUCCAAAUCAGAGAGCUGACUUGCUUCUGUCCUGCAGAAUUCGAGAAAGGAAGGAGUCGGUAACAAUUCUUCUGUGCGGUACAAGUGGGUGUGGCAAGUCAACUCUUUCUUCUUUGCUGGGUGGGAGAUUAGGCAUCACAACUGUGAUUUCAACUGAUUCAGUACGCCACAUGAUGAGGGGCUUUGCAGACGAGGAACAGAGUUCCCUCCUAUGGGCUUCCACAUACCAUGCAGGAGAAUGCCUUGAUCCUGUAGAAGUUGCCAAAGCAAAGGCUAAACGUAAAGCAAAGAAACUUGCUAACUUUUUGAAGUCAAUUACAAAAGAAGGGAUAGAUGGGGCCUCCAAUGAGAAAUUUUGUGGCAGAUCGCCAGAUCUAGUUAGUGGAACUGAGUUGAUCGGAAAAAAGCAAAUGGCUAUCGAUGGAUUUAAAGCGCAAAGCGAAAUGGUGAUUGACAGCCUUGAUCGACUAAUUACUGCUUGGGAAGAUCGAAAAGAAUCUGCUAUUGUUGAGGGCGUUCAUCUAAGCCUCAAUUUCGUGAUGCGGCUAAUGAAGAAGCAUCCCUCGAUUAUUCCUUUCAUGAUAUACAUUACAAAUGAGGGCAAACACAUGGAGCGAUUUGCAGUUCGGGCGAAAUACAUGACUCUGGACCCAGCAAAGAAUAAGUACGUAAAAUAUAUCCGCAACAUCCGAGCCAUCCAGGAGUACCUCUGCAAGCGAGCUGAUAAACAUCUCGUGCCUAAAAUAAACAACACAAACGUCGACCGGAGUGUGGCAGCUAUACACGCCACAGUCUUUAGCUGCCUGCGCAGGCGAGGUGCAGGAGAGCAGCUCUACGACUUGGCUACAAAUACUGUACCUUUAAUAGAUGAAGAGUACAGACACCAAUGUGCGGCUAACUGCCUGAGUUCCAAGGGCAUGUUUCAACUGAUCCAGCGAAAGGGGUCCUCAAGGAAUCUGAUGGCUCUCCUUAAUACAGAUGGAUCGGUUGCCAAGGCAUGGCCUGUUGAGUCUGUCGAUAAUAAUGGGAGGCCUAUUUCUGGUAGCGGAGGUGACAAGUCCGUCGGCUAUCCAAUGUAUGGCCCGUUACAGAUUGGGAAGGCGGAGCCAAUUAAUAUCCAAUUUGGUCAUUUUGGCAUCAGUGCAUGGCCUAGUGAUGCAGGCGGUACUAGCCAUGCUGGAAGCUUUGAUGACUCAAGGCUUGAUGGUACCGAUACCGGCAGUAGGCAUUUUUCUUCCUGCUGCAGCUCUCCAAAGAUGUCCGAUGGACCUGCUAAAGAGCUUAAAGAGGAUUUAUCAGUAUCUGGCAGCGAGGAAGAAGGUGACGUUGUUCCUGAUGCAGAUAGCGAUGAUGAUGAUGAUAUAAGCGAUGAAGGCAGCAAGGACAUCCAUGAAGAUAUGGGGGGCUCUGUUGACGAGAACUCAACCGAAUCUGAUGACGAAUACGAAGACCUGGCCGUGCGAGACUGCAUAGAGAACGGUUACUGGUCCGAGUAUGAAUACGGCGGUUACUCAACAAGCCUAACAAAAUCACAUGACCAGGAUAAGCUCUUGGGCACAAGUGGAGAUAUCUCGACCGACAAGUACCAACACAACCUGGACCGGUUUCUGAAGAUGAGUGCGCACGCAGCUUGUAGUGAGAGAAGCGACGAUCCCAGAAUGAAAAGGCGUUCUUUGAGCGACUCCCUGCGGUUCCAGGGCCAUGAACAGAGUGCUCCAGGUCUCGGCGAGUCCGCAUCGUUGUACAGGUCGGAAAUUUUGAAAUAUAGCUGGUAACAUUAGGCAGCAGCGGAAAGAAAAGAGAGGGUGCGGUCCCACUGAAACGUUCUGUUUUUGCGGCCAUUGGGUGGGGUAUCUAUUCGGCAUAUUCAAAAUUUUAGAAGAUCCUGGGAAUAAGAGUCUCUCUCUCUUGAUGUGCUCCAUGGUGGUGAGGUGUGGGCAACUCGGCUCGCCGUGCGCGGCGGCGGCUCAGAUUCGCGCACAUAAAUUCUUCCCUUGUUCGGAGACAAAAGUAAGAUGCAACAGUGCACACAAAACAGGUUUACCAAACUCACAGGCGUCCAGAGUGAUCAAUCAGGCAUGCAUCUAGAGGAAUAAUUUUCUAAUCCUACUCAGUUUUAA